AUGUAUAAGCCAGAGCUUUCGAUUGCUUCCUAUGGGACUGAAGCUCUCCCAAAACCGCAUACGAUUUACAACGUCAGCAUUAGACUACCCCUACGUUCUUUUUCACUCAAGAAAAGAUACUCGGAUUUCGAUGAGCUUCACAAGGCCCUAAUUUCUUCAGAGGGCAUACCACCCCCGAUACCCCUCCCCCCAAAAUCCUACCUGAAAUCCACGGUAUCAAACAACGAGUUCGCCGAGGAGAGACGCCGGGGCCUCGAGGAAUAUAUACAUGCAAUACAGAACAAUAGGGAUUCAAGAUGGAGGGAAUCGCCCCCUUGGAGACAGUUCUUGAACUUACCUUCAUCCACAUCCAACUACGAAUCAUCAACAACCAGCAUAACGUCUCACCUGAGCUCGAUCUCCAACCACACGCUGACUGACCCCGUACUAUGGUUAGAUGCACAUCGAGAAAUGAAAGCGCUCCUACAAGAUGCGAGAUCAGAGAUUUCGAGAAGGGACCAGGCCACAUCAGUUGCAGAUCAACACGAUGCAUCAGCGGCUGCCAAAAAGAUCCUCGUUAAAGUAUCUAGCUUGUUGGACAAUUUGGAAAGAGGACUGACGUUGCAAGAUAGGGUGACGGGAACUAAAAUACUAGGAGAUGGCGAAAUUAGACGACGCAAGGAUCUGUUAGCGUCAGGCAUAAAGGAGCGCAAUUCCCUUGAAGCCCUUGCAAAUAGUCUCUCAGCGAACAAACUUCAGGGUAGUAUCAAAAACUCAUCGGAAGUGACAGUUACAAAAGAGGCGCUGGCAGCAGCAGUAGGAAAUAUACGCGGAAGAUCCGCGGGAAGGGUUCUAGGAGCCCCCGUUUCCGAGACCGAUAGAACUAGGCAGUUGGACAAUUCUGGUGUUUUACAAUUACAACAAGAUAUCAUGAAGUCCCAGGACGGAGACCUUGAGGCCUUGCUUAAGGCAGUUGGCCGUCAAAAACAAGUCGGAGUGGAAAUCGGGCGGGAGCUCGAUGAGCAAAAUCAACUCCUUGAUUCACUUGGUGUCGAUGUAGAAAGGGUCAACGAUAAAAUUAGGGUUGUUAAGAAACGAGUUAAAAAUAUCAGUUAA